AUGGCCGGUACCGAUCUGGCAGCAACCACCCUCCGCGUUGCUAUCCUGUACAUACUCACACAGCCACAAGCCCACAUGAGACUGCUUGAUGAGUUUCGAGCUCAUGGACUGCUAUCCGGGCGAUCGAUUGAGACUAUCGUCUCAAUCGCCGCUGCUUCAAAUAUGCCAUAUUUGCAAGCGUGUAUCAAGGAGACACUGCGAAUAUGUCCCCCUUUCUGCGGGCUACUCGAGAAGGUCGUAGCUCACGGUGGAGAUGUGAUAUCUGAUGGCAGGAUACUGCCGAAAGGAACUCAUAUUGGACUCUCUUUCUGGGGCAUAAUGCGAGACACAGAUGUCUUUGGUGAUGACGCAGAUGUAUUCCGCCUCGGACGUUGA